AUGGUCAACCUUACAACAAAGAAAAAGGUUAGGAGCCCUGGAACACUCUUUGCGAAUGUGCGUUACAAAUUUGGCAUCUACUUUUCGUUGAUCAAUUACAUACUUAUUGUGGUUUCCUUUGUCUCUCCGUACUGGCUUCAGCGAUGGCCUCGCAUUCACACUCCUUUUCGAAGACUUGGGCUUUGGGAGUUCUGUCUUGAUGGAUACAUAGCAAGAUUGGAUUCAAAAAUGGUUUCGCAUUUUGAAUGCUGGUGGAUAUUCUCCCCUUAUCUCUCCAAAAUUUUCACCAACCUUGUUCCAUGUAAGUCUGCAGUAAUUUUACAGGUUGUAGGGUGGUUCUUACUUAUCCAGAUAUUCUUUAGUGUAGCGCUGUUUACGCAAGCAGUGCUGCACUUCGUUUUUAUAUUUUACUGGUGCUAUCCAAUCGAGAACAUCGAGAGACGAUUGCGGUUUUUGCAAUUUGCAGCAGUUUGUCACGGAAUAACUUUUAUCAUUUUUGGGGUUGAACACAAGAAUCCAAAUUGGAUGCCGUAUCCGACACUGAACUGGGCGUCCUGGUCUUAUGGUUUGGCAGUUCUUUCAACAUUUCUCUCCUUAUUUGUAAUGCUUGCUUUUGCCUUCACAUGGAGAGAGUCAAAAAGGACUCUGGAAACUGCUGGUUAUGAGUUUCCCAUGUCUGCUGUUAUGAAGAAACGUGAAAAGCAGGCAAUACUCGAGCAGCAGAAAAGGCAGGUUACAGCGAGUGGCUUGGAAAAACUCGAGACGAGUGUGGAUCAGACUUCAGAGCACAUGCAAUCAUUUACUAAUGAGUAA